AUGUUCUGCAUACCGCCUCACCUUCAGGAAGAAGUUCAGCGGCCACGAUAUGAGAUCAGUCAACCGGUCAAUCUCGACUCGGUAUUGAGACCAUUGCAGCCAUUUGGGAGGAGACCUACGUAUACACCUGGAUCGUACUUGCCUAUAAGUAGAGACAAUGAGAUGGAGAAGAACGCAUGGGAUAUGGAGAAGCAGUCUUACGAUUUGACAACUCAGUCCAAUGGUACAUCACCCAGAAAAACAAGGAAGAUACCUAUAUCACUCCGACUAAUCAUAAUCUUAUCAUUCCUCAUAUGUCAACUCAUCUUCCACCCUUUCUCACUUCCCUUCUCCGCCCAAUCCAGAUCGGCACAAUCCUUAGAUUCCACUUUAGUCAAACAUUGUCAAUCACUUCUCACCCCUCCUGAAGGGAUAUACACCGACCGACUCGAAUACCUAUCCUCGAUUCUGCCGAAUGAUACAGUGUGGAUAUCCGAACCAUCACCAUCAACAGAAUAUUACACUUCUUUCUCCAAGGAUAAAUGGUUCCUUUCCGAACGACCAUUCCUAAUAUCCAUAAUCAACUCUCAAAUCGUAAUACUCACUCCAGCGUUCGAAGCUCUACGAGCAAGCCUCAUCGUUAAGGAGCUGCCGGAGGAGGUAAGAGAUAAGGUCCAAUGGGUAGAAUGGAGAGAAGAUCAAUCGCCUUACGCUGUCUUAUCGACAUAUCUGGCAAAGAGGGGUGUGGAGAGGUUCGUACUUGAUGAUGGAGUUAGGGAAUUCAUCGGCAGGGGAUUAAGAAAGAAGAUGGACGAAGUGACAGGUUCGGGGUUGGAAGAUAAAGUGAGGGAAGUGAGGGAGAGGAAGGGUGAUUGGGAAAUUGGGUUGUUAAGGUGUUCUAAUCAGUUCACCUUACACGCUAUUCGAAAAACGAGAGAAAGGAUGUAUAUAGGUAUCACCGAAUCUCAAACGUCCAAAAUCUUAGAGGAAGAAAUGGGCAAGACUGGUUUAAUAGGUGGAGAAGGAUUGGUCUUGUUUGGUGAAAACGCCGCUCUUCCUCAUGGAUCUGGGACAGAUCGUCAGUUGACCAAGAAAGACUUGGUCCUGAUUGAUGCUGGUGGGAAAUGGGGUGGAUAUGUUUCUGAUAUCACCAGAACAUUCGCUCUUUCCUCCUCGACUAUAUCCAACUCACAUACUGAACUAUGGGAAACGGUCCGCAGAUCUCAACGAGCGCCUUAUGAGAUGUUACUGAAGUCUAAUGCAUCUCUCACUUUCGGUGAUCUAGAUAAAUCUGCCCGCCAAGUCGUCACUGAGUGGAAAUGCCAAGACUCUGAUGUAGAUGAGGAUGAGGCUGAAGUCGACUUUAGUAUAUUCACUCAUCGAUUAGGCCAUGGAAUAGGUUUAGAAGGCCAUGAAUCGCCUUAUGUCAUUCAAGGACCACAAGGUAAAAGGCAGAUUCAAGAAGGGAAUGUAUUUAGUUUAGAACCUGGUAUAUACCUUCCAUCGAACCAUGAGGAAGUCAAUGGGUUCAAAGGUAUAGGAGUGAGGUUGGAAGAUUGUUUCGUACUGAGGAAGGGUGAGGAUGGAAAGUGGGGAGGGGAAUGGUUAUCUGGACCUGUGGAGGGAUGGGGUGAUGUUUGA